ACCAAGCAUUGCCCGGAAAAAGAUGGUCACUGCAUCCCCGUUGCGUUUUCGAGACCUCAUUAGCCGGAAGUGAUGGGAGAUAAUGUGUCGGAGACUUCGAGUAACUGGCCGAGAGAUGAGCUCGUGUUUGUAGAUGAGCUAAGGCGUCAUGGCGAACCGCGAACCAAAGAUGAUUCUCAAGGGCAAGAAGUGGACGACACCGUUUCGGCUGCUGUUUCCCUCGUGGUGGGCGGUGCUCGGCAAGGAGUGGUUGCCCUCUGCGCAAGUGUGGCCCACAUCAUGAGAGAGAGGAAGAGGUUACAGCAACGUGUGGCAGAGUUAGAAGAGCAAGUAACCUCCUUGAAGAAUUCAAGCAGUGCCACCAUCUCUGUCACAGACUGCAGUACUUCCCAAAGCCAAACCACAGACUCCCGGAGCCUCCACGAGUCGCCAUUAUCUCAGAGAUGUGGCUCAGCUCCCCCUGCUUUCAUCACUAGUGCUCUGAAAUAUGCCAAAAAUGAUAAUCAGAAUAUUGAAGGAGGUUGUCCUGUUGACUCCUCAAGAUGCACAGGAGAAGAGAGCAAACUUGGCAGCAUUCACCAAAGAGGAACCGUUGAAAGUAGGACAUCCAGUGUCAGUAUGCCCGAAACCAACUCUAACUUUAUACGCAAGAGUCAUUUUGAAACCUCAGACAGGAAAGAGGCCUUCCACAGAGGUCAGAGCUAUGCUUCAACACGCAGUCUCAAUAUUGGCGGUCACCUGUCAUCUGGAAAUUUUGUCAGAAGAAAAUACAGUACUAUCAGUUUGAGGAGAGUAAGAAGAAGAAGUACAGCAAGUAAGAAGGCAGCAGAUACAGCCUGGAGUUCUACCAGCAUUAAUGGCAGUGGUAGUAAUUUGGAUCAGCAGAGCAAUGGAAAGUCCUGCAUUGUCACAGUGGCUGAGGUCCAUACAGAACCUCCCAUUCAGCAGUCUAAUAAUUCCGAGAGUGAUGCUGUGAAGCUGUUGGCAAGGACAUUGACUAAUGUUCUUCAGGAACAAGAGAACAUGUAUCCAGAAAAUCAGAAUGAAACUUUUGUGGCAACUACACCUGUAGCUGAUCCAAAUACUUCUCAGAGUCAAGAUUUUGGGGAAUUGUGUGCUCCUCACCCACUCACUGGCUGUGAAUGCUUAAUCUGUUUGCACCUCUCCAGUGACCCUGACUGUCACCUGUAUGCUCUCACAACUGAGGAAGGAGCAUUACUGCCUCCAGGGAGUCGUGUGCUGGUGCGCGGGGAUCACGUGGGCACUGUGUUGUAUCUUGGUCAUGACAAGUACCCCACAAAACAGAUGGAAAAUUACUUUUGGCCUUCACAAGAGCCAGCUGAGAAUAGUAAUCACCAAGCUAUAUCAGAAGAAAGAAUGGAAACUGGCAUAAAUAUUGCAGAAGAUGAAGUUCCUCCAUGUGUGCCUGUCAGACCAGUGGGUGUAACCAUCAGACUUUGGCCACCAGAUGCUGGGCAAAUGUUUGUACCUCUUAGUGCCGUUAUCUGUCAGUUGGAUGAUGACCAAGAUGCUGUUCUGAGUGAAUUGCACAAUCAAGAAUAUGAGUACAUGGAUGAAGACAGUGAAGACUCUACCCCGUCGAGGACAAGUAUAACUUAUGAAUAUCCCACAGAGUUCCCAUCACUGCCAAGUCCUUCAGUUCAUGCAAGUGCAGAAGAAAACAGACCUCCAUUACCUUCAUUCCGAGGUUCUAGCAAGUCUAAAGAUUCAUGUGAAACACCAGUACGUAAAGCAUCAUUGGAGGGCUACUUCAUACGCUCUCCGAGCAUCUCGUCAUACAACUCUGAUUCUACUCGGAGCUUAGGAGAUCUGUCUGUUUAUGGCCUGGAGUACCAGGAGGAUGGAGUUGGUUUUGAGGAAGGUGUUAGUCUUGAGGAUUCCACCCAGAAAAGUUUUCUAAGGCAGAGGAAUUCACGCUCUUCAAUCGUUCUGUCACAGCCGCCAUGUGAUCAAGGAGUAGGAAGCCAGGAAAAUUCUAGUUCUGGUACUUCAUCCUUGAACGCCACAUUUAUAUACAGGUCCGUAGAUGAAGAAGGUUCUUGUAGUCCCAAGGAUUCAGGGGAAUGUGCCUCUCUGUAUGACACUGCCGACUCAGCAAUUAGCCUGACAUUCAUGAAGAGAUACAAAGAAUCACUGGGUAGUACAGAGCCCUCAAGCAUGUCAGACACAGACAGAGACUCUCCUCACUUUGGAGACACUUGGGACUCUGGAUGUUCGAUGGGAAGAGGGAGAUGCAAAAGCGAUUCUUCCGGCCACUUUUCCGACGUGGAUUCAGAGAGCAGUCGGUUUGGAUCGCCCUGGGUGAAGAACCUACGAGAUGCUCUGGACUCUGUGUGGGCAAGGCAGCAGAAUUCUAAUUAUAAUAGAAAUUACGAUUCUAGAAAUAAAACGGAACCUUCAAGAAGAAAGGGGAAGAAGGCCUGUGGAAAUCACUUGGACUUUUUCAAGAACAACAGGAUAACCAAGAUUUACAUUGAUCAUAGCACAACAGAACAUUCCCAGGUCUAGGAAUCAGGACCAUAGGAGACCCUUCUGCUGCAGUUAUUUUUUAGUCAUUGAAAUCUAUAGGUGUUUAAAAGUAUAUAUAUUGUGUUCAGUCACCUUUUUUAUUAUAGGAAAUAUUUUUUGUUUUAUAUUCUUGUGUUUAGAUGGUUAAGCACAUAUUACUGCUAAAACCUAUUUAACAAAUAGUUGAAAUGCAGUCAAGUCCACAGAUGAAACCAAUGGUUUAUUUAUAGAAUUCAUUGUGUAUAUAUUUUUAUUUCUAUGUAUAUAUAUUUAUGCAUGUGUAUAUAUAUAUAUAUUAACAUGUUUAUGCAUACUGAUAUGUUUAUGCACAUACACUUACAUUUUCCAAAUAAGUUUUCUGUAUCUGGAUAUAUAUUCUAACUCUUGUUUUAUGAUAACCAUGUUUUGUGUUAUUUUUAUGCAGAAAGAUUCAUGAACAGGGAUAGAGAAGUAUAGGUUGAUUAGCAACAGCAUUAAAAUAUUUUAUUGUAACAUCUUUUAUUCACUUUGUUGAUGUGUGCUUGAAAACUACAUUGUUUCUUUUUGAUAUUCAUCUAUUUUAUUCUUUUAAAUCUCCACGUUUGAAAUGAAUCACACAUUAUAUAUUUAAAAGGACAUGAGCUGCAUUUUGUUUUUGUAUUUCUAGAUCAGUACCCAUGGAUUUUAGUUUUUGUCACAUCUUUCUGCUGUGAGAUACACUGGGAAAGAUUGAACUAGUCAUUUGCACAUGAUUUUUUUUUGUUUCUUUUCUUUUCUUUUUUUUUUGUAAAGAUUUCACUUAUUAGUCUUCAAAAUUUGUUAAUUCUGGAAAAUGUAUGAGGACAAUUUGUUUGAUAUUGUCAUAUUGUACUUUUGUUAAGAAUCCAUUUAAUUAGUAAGAUUAUUAAUGAUUUUUAUUUGUGGAUAAAAAUUCUGUGUACAGCAGAAUGAAUAAAUAUUGAAGCAUUAUGAUUCUAUGGUGCUAGUGAGUGUUGCCUUGGCAGACAGUGAUAUUAGGUUAGUUUCUUUUAUUUUCAUUAUGGAGCUGUAUUUCAUAAGGUUGCUAGAAGAUUGCAGUUCAAGCAUAUUUUAAUGACACUGAACUAAACCAUGUUUAUUUCUUCUAGUAUCAUAGAAGGUAUAUUUUUAUGCAUGCAUUUUUUUUUCAAUAAAGUGAUGUUUUUA